UAAUUAAUUUAUUGUCAUGUUUUUCUUUACAAUUAACUAUUCAAAUGUUCUAUUGUUCAUGUUUGUAAGUAUCCGUUUGAUUAAUAUUUCUGACAUGACUGUGUAAUUAGCAAAUGUAACAGAAAAAUCAAAGCACAACAUCAUGUCAUCACACGAGGCUUUUCGCAACAUAGAAGCUGCAAAAGACAUUCCUCUCUCUCACCCUCAUUUUGUUUGUACCAUGAAAUCAUAUUUCCUUUCGAAGUGUUCUCUGCGAGUUCCAGUCUCAUUUGCACGGUUAAACGGUCUCAAAAACAGGACAUGUACGAUAACAAUAAGAGACAAGCACCGGUCAUGGACAUUUAAGCUAUAUGCCCGUGGGGUAAACACCACCAUUGUUGGCGGAUGGCACAAGUUCUGCGUUGUGAAUUGCUUAAAGGAAGGAGAUUACUUAAUGUUUGAGAUACUCGACAAUGGAGAGAAGCCAAUAUUGAAGUUUCACGGCAAAUUUCUCAUCUAAUCCCUUUUAAAAAAUUCUGUUUUCCUCUCUUUUUGCUUACCUGUUUCUUCCUUUAAAUCAUAAAUACAAUAACAUCAUACUUCACUUUUUUUUAAUAAGGAUCCUUACUAGUGAUUAAAGAUUCUCUUUCUAUUUGUUGUUACCUCAUAGUUUCUAUGUCUUGGAUUUCAAAAUACCGGAAACAAAUUUUGUUAGUGA